AUGAAGCAUGCAUUUUCAAGCAGCAGGAAAAUAAUUCCAACAUCUGAUGAUCUAUAUCGGCUACGACAGAAACAAGGCGAAUCUUUGCUGUCAUUCUUAACAAGAUUCAAUAAAGAGAAACUGGAGAUUCCAGGGUGCUUAGACAAGAUUGCAAUCAAUGCAUUUCGCAUGGCUCUUCUUCCUGGAAGCAAAUUGUACGGAAAGCUUACUCGUUAUCCAUGUAAGUCAUUUCAAGAAGUGCAAGCAAGAGCAAGCAUUCAAAUCAAAUGGGAAGAAGAUGAAGGAAGACUUCCAGAACGAUCAAUAGAGCAGUCGAAGAAAUCUGAACAAAAGCAAGUAAGUUCAGAGGCUCCACGUUAUCCUCGCAGAGAUCCCAAGCCGAUUGUUUUCAAGAAAAAACCCCGAUCUCCUGAAUAUAAUUUGGUAAUCCCACCAAAUAAAGUCUUAUCAGUGUUGAAGAAAAUGGGAGAUGCAGUUCGAUGGCCCGACAAAGUUCGUAAACCGCUAGAUCAACGGGAUAUUUACAAAUGGUAUGAAUUUCACAACGAUUAUGGGCAUACAACAGAUGACUGUUUUACCCUCAAAAAUGAAGUAAUCCAAUUGUUAAAGAAAGGUUAUCUUCGGGAUUUACUAUCUGAAUGA